AUGCAGACGAUUAAAUGUGUCGUUGUGGGGGAUGGUGCUGUCGGCAAAACUUGUCUUUUGAUAUCUUACACCACUAACAAGUUUCCAUCCGAAUAUGUGCCUACGGUAUUUGACAAUUAUGCCGUGACAGUAAUGAUUGGAGGUGAGCCUUACACCCUGGGCCUCUUUGAUACAGCUGGCCAAGAAGAUUAUGAUAGAUUGCGUCCACUCAGCUACCCACAAACUGACGUCUUCCUCGUUUGUUUCUCUGUCGUUUCCCCUUCCUCCUUUGAAAAUGUCAAAGAGAAGUGGGUACCUGAGAUAACCCAUCACUGUCAGAGGACCCCGUUUCUAUUGGUGGGAACCCAGGUGGAUUUGAGGGAUCAGUCAGCCACUAUAGACAAGUUAGCAAAGAAUAGACAGAAACCAAUCACUUCAGAGCAAGGAGAGAAGUUAGCAAAGGAGUUGAAGGCAGUGAAAUUUGUUGAAUGCUCAGCCCUUACUCAGAAAGGGUUGAAAAACGUGUUUGAUGAGGCCAUACUGGCUGCCCUCGAGCCCCCGGAGCCGAAGAAGAAGAAGAAAUGUGUCAUCUUUUAA